AUGUGUGAAGAAAUUGACAAGUUUAUUUCUGAUACUGGCCGUAUUCCUGGUUUUUCUGAUCGCGAUCUUUUACCAUAUCUCUGUUGUGUUUUGAAAGAAAAUGGCCGUUUUAGAAGCCCUAGCAACUUUGGAAUACCCCAUACUGUGAAUGCAGAUAUUAGAGUUUCUGGCUACUUUAUUCCCAAAGGCACAAUAUUAAUGGCAAGCAUGCAUGCAAUGCACGCGAAUGAGGAAGUCUAUACAGACCCUUCAAGAUUCCUACCAGAGCGCUUUAACAAAAGCAACAAGAUGUGGAAUACUUCAACAAAUGGACCAAUAAAAGAAAGAGAGACUUAUAUAUUUGGGUGGGGAAGGCGAACUUGCCCAGCAAUAUACUUUACGGAAGUCGAGAUUUUCAAUAUGUGUGUGCGGACCCUUGCACGAUGCUCAAUUGAACCAGAAUUCGAUAAAGAAGGAAACCCAAUGCUGGUUGACCUGAACCUAUCCAAUAGUUUAGGAUUAGGUUCAGUGCCAGUGCCAUUUAAAGUGAGAUUGGUUCCUAGGACCAAGUUUAUUUUUGCCACUACCAAUUUUACUACAUAA